AAAUGCUGCUGAGCAGGAAAGUGCCAGGAAAGCCGAGGAGAAGGACCUGAAAGGGAAGGAGAAGGGGGCUGCAGAGAAGGGGGGUUCAGCUUGGCCGAGGAAUGAAAACUCUCGCCCUAGGCACCGUCUCCUUCUUCGUCUUCUGCCUUCUGCAAGAGCACAUCCCGCUCAGGUUGGUUUCCGGGAAAGAGGAGAUUAAAUCCACUUCCACAGGCUCUGGCCAGCCGAUGUCACCCUCUGAUUUCUUGGACAAGCUCAUGGGAAAAACAUCAGGGUAUGACGCCCGGAUUAGACCUAACUUCAAAGGCCGGCCUGUCAAUGUGACAUGCAACAUCUUCAUCAACAGCUUCGGCUCUGUCACAGAAACCACCAUGGAUUACCGGGUGAACGUCUUCUUGCGCCAGCAGUGGAACGACCCCCGCCUGGCGUACAGGGAAUACCCAGACGACUCCCUGGACCUGGACCCCUCCAUGCUGGACUCCAUCUGGAAGCCAGAUUUGUUCUUUGCCAACGAGAAGGGGGCCAACUUCCACGAGGUCACCACCGACAACAAGCUGCUGCGCAUCUUCAAGAACGGCAACGUGCUGUACAGCAUCAGGCUGACACUGAUCCUCUCCUGCCCCAUGGAUCUCAAGAACUUCCCCAUGGACAUCCAGACGUGCACCAUGCAGCUGGAGAGCUUUGGCUACACCAUGAAUGACCUGAUCUUUGAGUGGCUGGCGGAGCAAGAAGCUGUCCAAGUGGCAGAGGGUUUGACGCUCCCACAGUUUAUUCUGAGGGAUGAAAAGGAUUUGGGAUAUUGUACAAAGUAUUACAACACAGGAAAGUUCACCUGCAUCGAGGUGAAGUUCCACCUAGAGAGACAAAUGGGCUAUUACCUGAUCCAGAUGUACAUUCCCAGCCUGCUGAUUGUCAUCCUCUCCUGGGUCUCCUUUUGGAUCAAUAUGGAUGCUGCACCCGCCCGGGUAGGGCUGGGGAUCACCACAGUGCUGACCAUGACCACCCAGAGUGCGGGCUCCCGGGCCUCUCUGCCAAAGGUCUCCUAUGUGAAGGCCAUUGACAUCUGGAUGGCCGUGUGCCUGCUCUUCGUCUUCGCCGCCCUGCUGGAAUACGCGGCCGUCAACUUCGUCUCCCGCCAGCACAAGGAGUUCAUGCGCCUGCGCAGGAGGCAGCGGCGCCAGAGGAUGGGCCUGACCAGCCAGACGCCCAGCCUGGAGUCCUUGCAGCAGCUGAAUGGCCUGACCAGCCGCGAGCCCACCUAUGGAACACUCUCUCAGUUCUGCAGCUCCAGCUCCAGCUCCAGCUCCAGGGAGGAAGAGGUUGUCCGUGAGAGCCGCUUCUACUUCCGUGGCUAUGGCCUAGGCCACUGCAUGCAUGUGAAGGAUGGCAGUGCUGUGGAGGGUCCCAGCAUCUACAGCCCCCCUCCGCCAACCCCUUUCCUGAGGGAGGGAGAGGCAAUCCUCAGGCGCUACGUCGACAGGGCCAAGCGGAUUGACACUAUCUCCCGAGCAGUCUUCCCCUUCACCUUCCUGGUGUUUAACAUCUUCUACUGGGUGAUCUACAAAGUGCUGCGGUCUGAGGACAUCCACCAGGCACCCUGAUGCAACACGGGACAUGGCGCCAGGCAGGGUAGCUGCUAUGUCUUCCCAGUCUCAUAUGCGCACUGAAGUGUGGACUGGAACCUUCCACCAGCACUAGUCAGACACUAGUAGGUUUGCCAGGAGCUUGUCUCUCUCUGACCCAGAACUUCUAGUACCAGCUGAGAAACUUGGGCAUGCUCUGCAUGGUGUUAGGGGGCACGAUGCUGCCUUGAGGACCUGGCUGUACUCCAUCUACCCAUACUCUAGCAUGGCGUUGGGGUUUGCUGUAGCUUGAGGCACUGGCCUUUAUCAUCUAGACACGCUCCGUCUCCCAGCAGGGAGUUGGCGAGUACUGCACUGCAGCUGUUCAUAACCAGUAUGGCUUUAGAGGGUGCUAUGAUGCUGGAGCUGCUGCCCUCCAAAACAGAGACAUGUUCCAUCCCCCGAUACAUAAUCAGCAUGGUAACAUGGGAUAAUGGACUGCUGGGAGCGUAUCGUUCUAGAACGAGACGCUCCAUCUUUCCAAUACCCCCAGCAGCACAGAGCUGGGGGCGCUAGGCUACCGCGUGCCAAAACUUGGACAGGUGCCAUCUCACACCACCCCAGCAAAGUGACAGAGGGUAUUUGCUGCUGGAGGUGCUGUCCUCCCUAACCCAGCUAUAACCCACCUGCUAAUGCCCUACCUUGGUAAUGCUAUGCUCCCAGGGGUUCUGUCCUCCUCCAUAAUCUGCUGUAGAAAUGUGGACAACAGUCAGCUCGUGGUCAGACUAGAUGAAAGUCACCAUAACAGUGCUCCCAACACAGCCCCAGCAUGGUGCUAGGAUGCAUUGUGCUGCUAGAAGCGUUGUGUACCAUCCUCCAGCUGCCGACAACCUAGCAUGAUGAUGGAGGGUGCUGUACUGCCACUAUGGUUAUUAACCAAAUCUUGAGCUCUUCUUAAACUGGCAAAGCUCAUCCAGCCAUGCAAACCAGGCCAGGCAGCAAUGGACACCAUAGGGUAAUCAACUCUUCCUCUGAUAUUUACAUUCUUAGCCUUCUCGUCUCCUGCUUUCAUCCCUUGAUUCUUUAUGGCAGAGGUGCUUGCUGUGGGCACCCCUUUUGGUGAGCAUGUCAAGUACAAGACACCCAGUCUCCUCUGAGACUCUGAGGAGACUGGUCAGAAGGCUGGGGCGUGAAAAUGGCAGUAAGGCAGAAAGCACUGAAGCCAGCUGUGGAGAUGGUUCACUGUAAAGGAAAAGGCUUCAAAGGUCUGUCUAGGGGGCCAUGAUUAUGUUCUUGACUUACUCUGUGAAGAAACAGUCCCAGUUCUCCUCACGCUCCAGACAGUCCACUCCCCUUCUCUUCUCAUGUCAAAGUGAACAGAGCCACCAGAGUUUGCACAUUAUGCAGAGCUCUAACACAGAUUUCAGGUGCAGGAGUGAAAGGGAAGGUUUUUUUAAAAGGUCAGAAUAAAUAAGGGCCCAAUCCUGUGUGUGAUGAGCACCCCUAAAUCCCACUGGUUAAACUGGAACUUAAUGGUGCUCAGAACCAAAACAGGAGGUUCUUCGUAACUGGCAAGAUCAGGCCCAAAGUUGAUCUGCCUUAAAAGGUUUUGUUGGGCAGCAGGGUUCUCUAAGGUGCCAUUGGCCUUCUUGUCUGAUACCAGAGGGGAAUGAGUCUGCGGAUGGCUAGUGUCCCUGGAUCAGCACCUUUGAUCUCGCCUGUGGAGUUGCCUCCAGUUGCAGUGAGAGCAGGAUACAGUCCUGCUGGGACAUGAAAGGGUGAAUGCGUUUUCCCACCAUAACAAGAGCAGCAGGAGGAAGUACUGGCCCUCACCAAUCUCCUUCCAUUCCCCGCCUGUUUUCCCUUUCCAACACCACUAGGCUCUCUGGCUCAUUUUAAACUGGGUCAAAUUCACCCCUGUUGCAAUUUUAUUGAAGUCAGUGGAGUUGCAUCAAGGUUGUCUUGUCAAGUAACUUAAGCCUAAAUCUUAAGGAAUCUAAUAAUCUGGGGAAGAGCAGACCUGAAAUAGCUUAGAAAAAUCCACUGCUCUGCCCCAAGAAAUAAAAGCAAAAGGCAACAUUUAUAUAGGUCCUACAAAAAACAAAACAAAACACCAUGUUUGUGCUAUCAUUCUCCCUCUCUGGCAUUUUGAGUUUGCCUGUUCCCUCUGCUCACAUGUAACUAACCCAGACAGUGCCCAAAGCAUAGCUCACCUCCUCAGAGAUGCUGGUGCUCAUGCUGUACAGCCAUGUCUGGGGUUUCCACGCCAUGCACAAGGUGGGGCAGGGGAGGGAACCAGUGUUUGCCAGUUGGACCAGAACAGCCUUGUCAGGAGAAGUGGGAUGAUCACUUGUCUAGAAGCUCGUUACAGGCAAGUGCAAGCCACAGCACAGUGAGCAGCGGGUGUCCUUUUAAAUCUCUGCAUGCCUGGGACCAAGCGCCAGGCUGCAGAAAGGGGGCAAGGUCUUGGCACAUCUCACAGUGCCUCUUAUUGUAGAUCUGGUCCAGAUGGGCAAACAGCACAAAUCCGCCUUGUUGAAAAACUUUAUGGACAAUGCCCAAGGGACAGUAAUGGGGCUGAACAAGGGAGCCUCUUUGACUGGAGCCAGGCCCCCAGUCAGCUGGUGCCAGACCACCACCUCAGUCCCAGCAUAUACAGAAUCAAAGCCAAAAGACCAGAGAGCAGCCUCGCUGGCCAGGGAAACAAGGGGCAGAGUGCAGAUCACAAGAGCUCUCUCUGCUGUAAUAAUACCCCAGCGAAAGGUCUAGUGCCCUCAGCUCCCUACUGCAGUCACAUCAGGUGCCCAGAAUGUGAUGGGAAACCUACUACAAAUCUAGAGACACAGAGAAUUCUUAGUCUUUUCUCAGGCGUUACCCCCUUGACAUCAGUUGCCGGAGUAAGAACGUCAGGAUUUAACCCAACAAGGAUGCUCAGCACCUCAUAGGAUUGGGCUUCCAUAGCGCUUUUUGUCAUCCAAAACUUUUACAAACAUUCGCUAAUGAAUUAAAUCUCGCCCCGCCCUUUGGGAUCAGUGGGUAGGUAGAUAUUGCUGUUCCCAUUUUACAGACAUUGAAAUGGUGGCCGAAAGCUGAAGUGACUUGUUCAAAAGGAGUCAGUGUAACAGCCAGGGUUCCCCAAGGAGUGGUCAAACUACAGUAGAACCCUAUUUGGCCACAAAUCAAUUACAUUGUGUUGUUCCACUCAUGUUGAUGGGGCCCAGUAAUGUCCCCAUAAGUCAUGCAGGCUUACUAGAUAUUUCUCUCCCUUUGUUUUGUUGUUGAUUCCGAGUCCUGGUUGGUAGGUCUGGCCUGAAAACAACCCAACUUGACUAUUUAAAGACUUGCUUUUGGACAGAUCAAGUCUUUGAGGCCACUGGAAGUGAUCCUCCACCUGGUAUAAAGUCACUUCCUCUAUCUUGCAAAACUGCUAACUGUUCUCUCCUGGCACUGAGGAGCCUUGAAGCACCAGAGGUGCAUACAUUGUAUGGCAUGUGGAGAAGUGUCAAGUUUUGAAAUGAGGGAUUUUUAAACAGCAUUGAUCUUCCUACACAAAUAAAAUGUAUCUGCGGUUUUCA